UUCCAGACGAACCUCUCACUCCGCCGCCUGGCACGGAGGAAGGGAAAUGAAGAACAAAAAGAGCGCUUCACUAAGUUGGCGAAUUCGGUGGACGAGUUCACAAGCUGUUUACUUGACCCUUUGGAAACCAGGACGGGAGAUCGGCAUGCCUUUGGAGAGUCUUUGGAUCUCCUCUUAGAUAAUGCCAUUGAUGGGGAGCAAAAGAAAGUGUGUAAUGAAAUUUUUAAAUUCAAAAAUAAAGGUUAUUGAGUGUCAUGGUUGAAGAAUGCUCACAGGGAAACUGCUGCUAAGAUUUAUAUGGAGUAGAGAAACAAUUUUUAUGGCUUUUUAUCAUUGAGCAAGACUUCUCAAAUCGACGGAAGUUCAAUCCAAUUUUGUUAUUUUCAAUCAUGUUUUCUUAUCUAAAUCGACGACAAAACAUUAUUUAGAGACCGAGAGGAAAGUGUUUUCUUAGACAGGCUACUUGUAGGGCCUUGACAAUUAUUAUGAACAAUAAUUUUGCUUUUUGAAAUUAAGAGAAAUUUAUUGUUUGCAUUUUUUCAUUGGCAGUUUCUUACUCACCCAGUAAUGCAAGACUUGAUGCGGAAAAAGUGGUUUGGACCAUUCGAAGAAAUGAAGAGAUCUUCCUCGCUGGAGGUUGGACAGUGGACAUGGCUUUUUCUCAACAUUUGGUGUUUAUUUGACAUCGUUUUGUUUCCAUUCUUGUUCGCUUUGUUUUACAUCAAACAUCGAAUCAGCAAGGUUACACGUAGAAGCAAAGGUAACAUGUUCUGACUUGCUAUACGUAAGGGUAAUCCCGCCUUGCUUUCACUUAUUUAUUUAUUUUUAUUUAUUUUUAUUUUUUAUUUUAUCGAGAUUCUACAACAUUUCCGUGGAAUCAUAUUCCCGUACUUAAAAGAACUUCUUUGAGUGACACAUUAUUCCAGCUCAUACAGACCUCUUUGUAAGCUUUUUUGAACGGCACUUUGUCCUUUUCAUUUCGAAUAUUAAUUUCUAGGGUUCCCUUGACAAGUCCCACCCCUUUUUCAGGUUGUUUUGAGGUCUGUUGCUGGAAGAAAAGUUACAUUUUCUAGUGUAAAGUGGUUUUGAAUCAGUGUUCCAAGUUAUUAUUCUUGAUUUUGCAAGGCGCUAAGAUAAACUUUAAAUGGAAUAAUACUCUUCUUUUUUGUUUCUAUCAACGCUACUUUGCUAAGAUAUUUGAAAUAAAUAGUACAUCUAUGAUGUCAAAGAACGAAAGAGAGCGAGUGCCAGAAGUACAGGCAAUGAACCUGCCGACGUACUUUUGAAUGCAGUGGAAAAAGCGUUCAGAAAACUACUUUUGGAAGACUAAACUGUGCUCUUUAUCUUAAUUAUACUAGCUUAUGACGGGGAAAUCACAACAGCGUGUGCCGAUAUUAUUGUUACUGUGUGCCAGAAACAUCCCCUUACUUAAACAUCCCGACUAUGAUAAGAUAGAUCACACUGCCAGGGUCAAAUAUCCCUUACGUUUUCGAGCGGUUGGGUGGGUUGUUUGACGUCCCUCUCUAACGUCCUUCUGAGGUACCUUGGCAGGCAAGGCUUUCUUCUAACUGAUUUUAAGGCCCGGGGUUCUAAGGGUUGCUUGCAGAGUUGGUUGCCUGCAAAGAUUUUGUCCGUAAUCAACUAGUGUCAAAUUUUAGCAACACUACUUCUUUGAAGAUGAAUGGCAAAUCGCAGGAAAAAAAAAAAAAAAAGGUAAAAAAAAAGAAAAAAAAAAAAAUGAAGAUUAAGUAACCAAAAAAAAAAAGAUUACGAAAAAAAGAAAAAGAAAAAGACAAAAUUUAUGAAAUUUAUGAGAAAAGAAGGUUAAGAAUGAUAACAAUAGAGGUAGAAAAAAAAAAAAAAAAGGUAAACAGAAUGAACAACAAAAACAUGAAGAUUAUGUCACCAAAAAGUAAACGUUUACGAGAUGAUGAAAGUGCAAGAGUCGAUGUUUCGUAAUUUUAUUUGAAUCCAUGUUAACCAGUAUUAACAAUAGAGUUGAUGGUGUGAUCAAAGACCUGACAGAAUUGAAGUCAAGACUAUAGUUCACCCAGAAGGAUGUCGCAGACUUAAGACCGGUUACGGAGCAGAUGUGGCAAAGAUUGAACAAGAGCUUAAAGAAUUGCAACGUCAAGUAGAUUAUCAUUCUGACAAAAUGGAAUCUGGAAAACCAGAACCACUGCAACAAUAUUAGAAUUGAUGUUAUCCCAGAGGAAGCUAAUGAAACUUGGGGUGACAUAUAACGUAAAGCGAAAAUGGCGCUAGAAUCGAAGCUCAACCUUCUUUUCGAGAUGGAAAUUGAGCGUGCUCACCGUACGUGGAAAGGUGAUCGUAGAAGCUCUGGUGACAACGCCUCAGCUACGUGUCCGCGUUCGGUUAUUUGUCGCUUGGUAAGCUGGAAGCAAAAGGAUCCGAUUUUGAAGGCUGCACAGGAUUGAGAAGCCGGAUGGAACUUUUGUCAACGAAGAUCUUGCCGUUGAAACUCUUCAAAGGCGUAAAGAUCAACUGCCCAAGCUUAAGCAAGCUAAGCAAGCCGUAAAAAUUGUCUACUUCGUGCUAGAUAAAAGCUAAUUUAUACAACAGGAUAAAUUGGAGUUAAUGUGAUAACCAUAACCCGCCCUUACCAGUAGUGGAAUCAGCUCACUUCCUUUCAGGGGUCACUUCCUGCAUGUGACCCCUGUCACACUAAUUGUUUCACUCAGCCAAUUAGAUGCCAGCUAUCACAUGUACAGUUGAUGCCUUUAUUUUCGUGCCUAGCUCAGCAAAAUAGCACUUCAUAUUCUUCUCUUCGUGGAACAAAAUCCCAUCCCACCCUCCCUUAUUACUGCUUGAUUCUCUCUGCUGGUUUUCUUAAGGUUUUUAUAUGAGGUCUUUUCUCUUGUUGAAAAAUGUAAGAAGCUGCUUAUACUUUUUGCAGUCAUACGAACUACUGAUCUUUGUUGUUUACACUUUGAAUCAAUUGGCAAUUGUCAAGAAGAUAUGGCAGAAAAGAGGUGGGGUUUCUACUGAGGGGAAUCAUCGUACCCGGCAUCCUAACAUGCUUGUGCACUUAGUUACUUUGGGCCUUAUUUUGAUUACUAAGUUGAUAAAAGUUUAAUUGUCAUUUACUUACAACUUCUAUUAAUAUAUUUUCGUCUAACCUCUCUCCCUCGAGGUUCAUGUUAAGUGUCUGGCUCUGCUUUCGGGAGGGUUCAGGUUUUCCUCAAAAAUAAUUGAGGGUUUUUCCUGACGGGCAGCAGGCACGCAAUCCUAGCUUAACUUAGUGAUGAUAUCUGUAUUGAGAGUCGUUGGCAAUUAAUAAACAUGGGUUCGGGAUGAAGUGCUCCCAUACAGGUCACACUUUGCCCCAUAGACUCUUGUUACUCCUUAAACCGGGGAAUUAGACAUCUAGAGAGGUCUUUCCACCUCUCCAGUAUCCAAGGGGGAUUAUCACCUCCACUCAAGACCUUGGGGGAUUAUCAACCCCUAGAGAGGAUUAUCACCUGGCUUCUCACUAUCCUGGGGGAUUAUCACCCCCAAGAGAGGAUUAUCACCUCUCACUAUCCUGGGGGAUUAUCACUCCCUAGAGAGGAUUAUCACCUCUCCCCUUGUAGAUUUCGGACUGUUACACCAAUAUGUAGAGAAAAGUGACCUGCUGUCCAUAUUUGGAGUACUUCAUCCCUGAACCCUUUUUUUUCCCAUAAUAAUUCUGGUCUAGUUACUUGCUUUAUCUAAGGGGUUAUGGGUUGGGAGCAUUAAUUGAUAAUCAAAGACAGACCCUCAGGCUAGUUGAAUUCAGAUAAGUUGACUCACAACUUAAAAUGUUUAUGGUUAUUAUGAAUGAGGUCAAUGAGCGUCCUUUUUAAAAGGACGCUCAUUAAAAUCAUCUCUAUGAUGUAUCUUUUAAUCUUGCUCUUUAUGAAUUGGUAGAUGGCCCAGUACAUUUUAAUUAUGAUAGAUCUGAAUGUCUUUCCUUUAACCGGGUUGAUAAUUAUAGGUUAUUUCACGGUUGGUGAGCGCGUACGAUUUUUAUUCACAAGUUGUGUAAAACGGGCGACCAGAAAACACUGACCCCCGGUCCAUGGGCCCCCUACGAACCUGGUCCAUGCACCGCCCCCCUACGGACCGGUCAAAUUAUGUUAUAUAAUGGUUGAUUUUAAUUUAGACCUCCUAAUUACAGAUUUACAUUCAGUUACAAAUAAGCUCAUUAAUACGUUAUUUUCUCACAUGCUUUACCCGCUAAUUAAGAAACCGACGCGAAUUACUUCGCCACCCUGAUUGAUAACAUUUUUAAUAACAAUAUUUCUGCCUCGAGUGACAAUGGUCGCAUUAUAAAUGAUCUUUCCGACCAAUUACUAAUCUUCACGCUUUCUUACACCGAAGCUUAUUCUUCUUCAAACAAGUCUAAGGAAAGGGUCGGCAUUCGCAACUUCUCUAGUCAGAAUAUUGACUCCUUCAACAACCUUUUGUGUGAGUUUGAUUGGAAUUCCUUAACCCAUGCUGAUGCUAAUGCCGCCUACAAUGGGUUCCAGCGAAAAUACACCGAGUUUUACAACCAAAGCCGUCCUUUAAGUUUCUAUCGAGGAAAACGUUUGAAAGCUCUGUGCGUAACUGGGCUUUUGAAAUCUAUUAAAACCAAAUCCAGACUUUACCAAUUAUUCUUAAAAAAUACUUACUCAAGAGCGUGAAUCCAACUACAAGAAAUUCAAAAAUAAAUUAACUUGUCUCAUUCGUGUAGCCAGGUGAAAUUAUCAUAGCAAAAAAUUAUAUAUGGCUAGGUCUAAGUUAAAGCAAGCUUGGACAGUUCUUAAUGAAGUGAUCAAUAGGCGUAUUGCUAAAGCACCAUAUCCUGCAAGCUUCUUCAAAAACGGAGUGAAAAUCGGUAAUCCUGUUGACAUAGCUAAUAACUUUUGUGAUUACUUUACCAACAAAUUUAAAAAUCAAAUCUCGCCCACAAAUUCUUCGUUCUCUCUUUAAUCAAUUCCGUUGCAAGCACUAACGGUCGACGAAUUAAGUAACAUUGUUAAAUCAUUUAGCGUUAACAAGGCCCCUGGACAUGAUAAUGAAUCCGUGAAAAUAAUUCAUCAGUCUCUUCAAAAUAUUGUAGCUCAACCCCUUAUAUCUAUAAUUAACCUUUCGUUGACUACUGGUGUGUUUUCUGAAUCAGACUCAAAAUCAAUAAAGUAAUUCCGGUCUUUAAGGCAGAUGAUCCAACACUUUUUGAGUAACUACAGGCCAAUAUCAAUUCUGCCAGCUGUUUCUAAAUUUUUUGAGAGAGUCAUGUUCAAUCGACUGACGGAAUUUUUGAACUUGCAUAAUAUCUUAUACCCGAAACAAUUUGGUUUCCGUAACAAUCAUUCGACUGGACUAGCGUUAUUCGAUUUAAUUGGUAAAAUAUCUUCAGCUAUCGACAGAAAUGAAUCAACUUUAAUUAGGCAUAUUCUUAGAUCUAUCUAAGGCGUUUGAUACCAUUGAUCAUAAAACAUUGUGCCACAAACUGCAACACUAUGGUAUUCAGGACACUGCUUUGUCGUGGAUCAAAAGCUAUCCCGAUCUUGAGAAUACGAUUCAGUUUGUCCAGUUUGGGUCCCAUCAAUCUUACUAUAGGAAAAUUUCGGGUGGCGUGCCACAGGUAUCAGUCCUUGAGCGUCUUCUGUUCAUUAUUUACAUAAACGAUCCUCCUAAUGUCUCUAGUCUGACUCAAUCUUUGCUGUUUGUUGAUGAUACAAAUAAAUUUUGUUCUCAUAGGUGUUGUAUUUCCGUAAUUAAUUUGUUUAGAGGACUAUAGCUCGACUUACAGCUUAAGAGCCAGUGUCUGUAAUUUUCGAGGAUCGGUUGACAGUCGUGAAUUUUUGAAUUUCUUCAUAUUUUGCCCAAAUAAUCUCUAUAGUACACUAAUUUCAAAAAUCACGUUAAAACUUGUAACAGCUUUAUAUUUUUUCAGGAAUCAGGCAAAGAUUGAAAAACUCUAAAUCCAGCGCUCUUUCGAGUAUGAAAUUAGCGAAAAUUGAGCAUUUUCUUCGCGCUCGUACAUAAAAACGGAAUAAUAUCUCCAGAUGAAAUCAAGUCACAAAACAGACACACAUUUUUACUUUAUAAUUCAGCAGUUAAGGUAUCUCUCAAUUUGACUAAAACGAAUUUUAUGAUUUUUCAUCCGAGGCAAAAAAAUGUUCCUUUUUUAUGGAAAAUACUUUAAUCAAGCAAGUCGUGGAAACCAAAUUCUUAGGUAUUAUCAUUGAUCAGCACCUUUCCUGGAAAUCUCAUUUUAGUUUUAUUUCUAAAAAGAUCUUGAAAACUGUGGGGAUUAUUGCAAAAGCUCGCUAUUAUCUUUCAUCCAAAUCGUUGCUGACCUUAUAUUACUGUCUAGUAUAUCCCUACCUAACAUACUGUAAUGUUGCCUGGUCCUCCACCUAUUGCUUUAACCUAAACUGUAUUUACCUUUUGCAAAAGCGCAUAGUGCGGCUUAUAUCAAAAGCUGGCUAUUGAGCAAAUAUUGCCCCAUUAUUUAGCAAACUUAAGUUCUUGACAUAUAUAGCAUUAAUUCUUCUUCUGUUGCUACCUUUAUGUAUUCCUAUCACCAUAAUCUUUUGCCUAGUAGUUUUCGUAACUUCUUUUUUAGUAGUAACCAGGUUCACCAUUGUGAAACCCGACUAGCUUCUCAGUGUAGCCCCCAUUUUUGUAGAACUAAUAUUAAUCAGUUCAGUAUCCUUUAUCGAGGACCAACAAUCUGGAAUUCUUCGCCAGUUACACUUACAGGCUCCUCUUCCAUAUAUUUGUUUAAAAAAAAAAUCUGAAAAAUUGUCUCAUUGAUAGUCGUUCUGUCGCUUUAAAAGUUUUAUGUUUUCUGCACACUCUGCAAUCAAGUAACGGUGUCGGUAUUUAAAAGGGAAAUUAUUAAUCAGUCUGUGUUUACACGGUUAAAAUAUUAGUAAUUGCUUUUUUUGCGCAAUAUCAGAAAUGCAGUAAGUAUUUUAGCAGUUUUACAGGCUGGUAAUUUUUUAUAUCCUACAACAUGGAUGCAAAUUUAUCAGUUGACUGAUGGUUUGAACAGUUUGAUUUGAUAUUUUGUUCACCAUUAGUAAGCUGCCAAAUUUGCAUCCAUGCUGAAGGAUACAUGCUACUAAAUGUGUGCAACGGACGAUAGCUUUGUAUCAGUACAAAGUGUGUAACCUAUUCCCAUUUUAUGUAAUCAAGUUUUGUGAGGUAGUUAUCCUCAAACUGUGUGAUCGAAAUCAGGUAUUCUCUUUUUUCUCGCGACAUGCGCAACCUACUUUAGGAUUAUGACUCCCUUCUUUACAAUGUGGGUGAAUAAAUAUUCUGCUAAGGACUCUGUCUAUUUGGUUUUUGCUACAUAGUAACGCUCUGCCCUUUUCAUUACACCUGGCCGAAUCUGUUGUAAGGGAAAUCCAGAAAACUAAGCGCACUGUAAUCAGUGUUCAUUUUUUUAUCUUGUAGUAGCGAGCCUCAGAUUUAGUUUAGUGUCUUUGGGUGUUUAUUUUGUAUUUUCUGCAGCAGCCCUUCAUUUCUUGGUUAGAUUAAUAGUAGAUUAAUCACUCUGUAGUCUAAAGGCGUUUAUAUUCCCUCCUUGCAUUUCUUUUGUGAGAACAACCCAGAACCUUGAACAGUUUGUUUUCGUCCAUUGGCAAAUGAAGACCUCUGUUUCUAUAACGAAAAUCAUGGGAUCCUGUACGUCUGAAAAUAAUUGCAGUGGUCAAUGAAGGCGCAUAAGUACUUCACAUAUGUACGACAUUAAUGGACUUGCCAGACCUAGCUUCUGACGGCUUACCACUUUUUGCGGAACCUACGUAGUUUUCUCUUCGGACGAGCGUGAAUUAUGCUCUGCGUGGGAAAUUUCCAUUACUCCAUAUACUCUUAAAAGAUAUUUUUACGUACGCAUUGUUUUGGCUACCCGGAGUUAAUCUUUCCCUUAAAAACCAGCUUCACUAUUAUUUUAUUUCGUUUUUCUUGAAAUAAACGUUUGCUGGAACCAAAGUUCUUAUGCUCUGAAUGUUCUGUUAAUCUUUAUACUUUUUGGGAAGGUAACAACACUUUCCCUUAAAUGAAAACGCAUUUCCCUCUUAUCAAAUUCAUAGGCAUUGGAGCUUAACCUACUCAACAACUCUGCAUUGUUGCUUUUGUUGUGCAUCGUAAAGAACUAGUAAAAUUAUCCUCCCCUCCGUUGCAAUUCACUUUUAACAAGAAGAAAAUGAAAAGCUUCAAGAAAGUGAAACUUGUAUAUUUGAGGAUGUUGGUACGUUAACGAAAAUUAAUGUAUAGGUAACCGUAAAAGCCAAAGCAUUAUCUUGCUGGAUUUUUGAAAACGUACCGAAACGAAAAUCCUCCUACGGAGGAACAAGGAAAGGGAAAAUAGAAAGAGAGAGGAGAAGGAAAGGAAGAGAAGUAAAAAAAAAAGCAAUGGCUGCACCCUUAGUUUUUAAUUUGUGUUUACUUCUUUGGAGAUAGUUUUGAAAGAAAAAAAAACUGUUUGAGGGGAGAGCUCUAUUUUGGCUGUAAUGUCAAGAAACGGCUUUCAUUUUUCAGAUUUAAAGCCUUACGACUAAAUUUGUCGUAGUUUUACAGCCAACAAUUCACUUUAUUACUCUUGGGAUUCCUUGAGUGGCGCAUGGGCUUCCUGUGCAGAAGCCCAACCUGUUUAAUAUUUAUCCUUUUCGGAAAAAAACAUAAACACUUCGUUUUUAUCACCGAAACCUAGGUAGCAGUUAUUCUUUCUUCUUUCACUUUCCUAUAAAAGUAACAAACCCAUUUUGUACAUUUUUUGUUUGAACUUAUAAUUUCAAAUAACGUGGGUGCCUUCUGUUAAAAGCUCAAAAUGUUUAAGGCUUAAUUUUGACAUGUUCGACCAAACGGAUUUGGGGGGAUUUUUAGUAUGUUGCUAGAUAGGCCACUCUUACUUAAAUGGCGUUGAAAACAAUUCUGUUGCAAUUAGUUUAAUGUUAAGCCUCUAAAAUGCCCAGAUUGACUGGACUGCAAUGUGGGUGACUAAAAAACAAAGAAAUGAAAUGAACAAUGAAUGAGACAAGGCUAACGGCUUCACGUAACCGUUCAAUUACGAAAUCACGUGAACUGAGACAAGGUUUUAGCUCUUACCAGUUAGUUAAAAGACCCUAGGUGGUGGUUCCGGGUGUUUCAACUCACGACCUCCCGCUCAGCAGACCUGCCCUCCGCCCAUCUGUGUCAACCAGGCGGCAAAUGAGCUAUUGAUGGCUGGGAUUCGAGCGGCCUAUAUCCGCAAUAACGAGGCAUAACAUGGUUUAUCCCAUGCUAAUUAUUUCGCGACUUGAACCAAUUUUACCAUCUUUUUUUUCGAUUCAAGGAGCGCCAGGCUUUCUGCUAUCACAAGCUGUAGUAACCAAUGCUUAUUAGACAUGAGUGAUUAUGUUCAUUAAAUUUAUUGUUUUCUUUUUACAGAAAUAGACCUUGCCUUUGUUAUAAACGCAACUUCUGAUGUCGCAGAUGAAGCCUUCAAAUUGAUGAAACGCACUAUAAUAUACUUAAUGUGCAAGUUCAAGCACCAUCAAGUAAAGUACCAUAUUUUAGUUCAUGGAGAAGAUUCAUCUUCGAGGGAAAUUUGUUUUACUAACGAGCCUUGUGACUUCACAUCAUUGUUUGACAAAGUGGAUCAGCUAACAAGGAACGCCGAAGUCAAUAUCCCCGCUCUUCACGAAAAUCUAAACAAAGUAGGGGAAGCUUUCACAGUUAGCAAGGGUAAAAGGCCAAACUCAGAAAAGGUACGUACCAAUUAGCAAAACAAAAUGUACUAAUACUAUUUUCUUUAGUUUAGUCAGUUGUCCUGUUGAAACGAGGUCUGGAAGGGUUUUCCUGGGAUCCGGAAUUCAAUCUUGGUCAAGGAGACUAAAAUACUGACAAUGGGGGACUCGGGAAAUUUUUUACGGGAUACGGUGUUUGACUGCUACCCUGGAAGUGGGAUGGUCACAGAUGCGGGAUUGAGAAAGAAAGCGAUAUUCGGGGUAGCGAUGAUGACAGAAGUUCGGGAUGCGGGAAUCUCGUAAAAAAGGAGCUGGAAUGCGUUAUCAAGACCCCUUUUCCAAACUCCUUAAAGAGCCUUCUUCAGUCUAAGUCAGACAUGACUGCUAAAGACCCUCCACUUUGCCAUUUCAUUUAAAGCUAAUUAAUGUCAAACUAUGCAUAUUGUUUAUGCAGGCUCUAGUAUUGUUAACAGACCAUAAGAUUUGUCCACGGUAUCUCAAGGAACACGUCAAGGAAGAAGUCAAGAAAGUCAAAGAAAUGGGAGUUAAUAUUCUGCCAGUGGGAAUGGGCCCGCACAUCGACAUCCGGGAAUUAGAGGGGAUUAACAGAGACGGGCACAAGAUCAUGCACUUUGUAGAAUACGCAAAUCCGAAAACCGUUGGCAAGAGCAUUUUUAACGGUAUGUUUAUUGUAGAUGCUGGUUUUUGCAUUAAAACCAAGAUCGCUACGUGCGCUGAAGAAAGUAUAGGACGAUUUAAGCAAAAUACUGAAGUCAUGGAGUGAACGAGCCGUGAAUUAAAGCGCGUUUUUAUUUUUUUUCCUCAGCGCUCCAGGGAAAGGAUUUAGUUGGUAAGUGCGAUUCAUGAAAUUUCGAUUAUCAAUAAAUCAGCAUGUUUGAUUUUAUUUAAUCCAAGUCAGCUUUUAAAAAUCAUAUAACGGACACCAUAUUACUGCGGCAACCCUUCAUUUCAGUUGAUACAAUAAUCAUUGAGCAAUGAGUGGAUUCCCGAGUUCGGAUGGUCAGGAAAUAUCAGUUCUAAAACGACUCGGGCCAUCGAGACGAUCUAGAAAAAAAGGCUUGAAGGCAUGUUUGUAAUAUAAACUGUAAAUCCUUUCGGUGGGUGUUUUGUAUUAUACCCAGGUGAUUGCUUAAGUUAAACCAGGUUAUUAAGAGUCCUCCUGUAUGAAGCGACCUCCUUCUGUGUAGCGGCCAUUUACCACAGUGUUUUGGUGAUUUGCGAGCUUAGAAUGGCAGCUUUUAUCAAACAGAAGGCUUGUUCCAGUGACAAGUAUUGAGUGAAUCUAACACAACAGAAAAAAUGACGGCCCUUCUUUAAUUUUUCGGUUCGCAGAAAGUUACCGGGAAUACUUUACAACUCCAUACUUCGUGUACAUUCGUGACACGCUUAGCUACCUCACACUGCUUGGUUUACACAUUGCCCUUUGUCUUGAUACAUCAAGCAUCCCGUUCAGCGGUCUAGAGUGGGCAAUUUUGGUGUUCUUCUUGGGAAGGAUCUUGAUGGAGAGUCGGCAGUUCUUGGAUGUCAAAAUACAGCGAAAGAGUCAAUCUGUAACAAGGACAUCAUGGGGAUCAAAGUACCAAAUCUGUGGUGAAACGGAAGAAGAAAAAAGGAUGAGCUCAACGAAAGCAGCCACUCUUCUAAAAGGAUGCAACAAAUACUUAAGGUACCAAGAAACGCACAGUGCCUUUUGCGUUAUAAUAAUAAUAAUAAUAAUAAUAAUAAUAAUAAUAAUAAUAAUAAUAAUAAUAAUAAUAAUAAUAAUAAUCAUGAUAACAAUAAUACAGAAAGCUUAUUGAGUCACACUGGAAGGAGAGAAAUGGCAAGGAAAACUGACUUAAAACAGAUGGGAGGACUCGGUUCUUGACAGUGGACAGUGUUUAGCAUUGAUGAAUAGCUGGAGAUCGGCGUCAACCCAUACCGUGGCAGCUAUGCAGGAAUUGUACCAACAGAUGUUCCCAAACAAAUUAUACCACCAAAGGAAAACUGGAAAAGGGAGUGUAACUUCAAAUUUCAUGUGCCGAAUGUGUGGCAAAUCGCUCGAAAGUGUGUCGUACGUACUGGCGGGGUUUGGGUAGAGCCAACAGAAUCGACGCCAGAAUAGUUGACAAAGAGUAGAAACGAGUGUUAGCCAUUGAAAUGAGCUGUCCUUGGUUGGAUAACAGCAAAGUGGAAGAGAUGGAGUAGACACAGAAAAAUAUGGUCCAAUAAUGUAGAAAUUGAGAGGGAAAAAUCCUGGCUACCAAGUGAAACAGUAUAACAUCAUUAUUGAUGUUCUGGGAGGAUAUUAAGCUGGUGUAAGUCAAGCAGUGAAGGAACUUGUUUGAGAGAAGAGUGCCACUAUCUUACAAAGAAUGCAGAGAUCUGUCAAAUCAAUUAAACGAAAAAUUGCUCGUAGUUUCAAAAUUCUGGCUUAAACAAAGAGGAUUAUUGCUAAAGUGUACUUUUUUUAGGAAAAAAAUUUAUUAUUGUACAUUGACAUUUUUAUUAAAACUUUUAGUAAGAUUUUGCGAUAUAGAUUUUAAGUUAGGUAGAAUGGUGGACAAAAUUUUAGGACACACGGAAACAUUUUUAUGUUUUAUUUUUACUUUACUUCAAUAUUUUUCACUUUAGAAAGACUUCACGGCGCGGUGGUUGGUUAGGGUCAGAAGUCCAACUUCUGUGUUUUUUACUGGGCGUCUGAACAUGUUAAACUGCCAUAAUAAUGAUGGUUUAAUAAGCUAAUGCUAAUGAUAAUAAUAAUAAUAAUAAUAAUAAUAAUAAUAAUGAUUCACUGGCAAAAGAUUUCUUUAACGUUAUUUACAUAAAAAUGAUCAGUAGCGCUUUACACUAAUUCACUUAAAAAAAUCUAUUCUAUAUAUGAGUCAUUUUUUCCAGUUUUUUGAGGUCAAAUAAUGCUAUUCUGGAAUUUCCAUCCUGACGUUGGAUGUUGGUUGAUGUGCUAAAAUACAAUACAAAUAUACAAUGUAAACUGUGAAAUGUAAAAUACAAUUGAAUGAAAAAUGAAUAAAUAAAUAAAUAACAAAUAAAAAUAAUUAUAGUAUAGUAUAAUAAGAUCAGAUCAGAUUUGCUUUAAAAAAGGGUCCAAAUAAAAACCAUACUUCUAGUCUAAUCUGUCCGAACGUAUUGAACUUUUACUUUUUGCCUUUUUGUCGGUGCUUCGCAGUGUUCUCAAACUGCAAGUUGCCAGAGCGACUCAAAAACAACAAAAAUCUCUCAGUUGUGUCUCCUAAAGUUUUGCGUUGAAAUAAACACUCUGCUGAAGAUAAGUCGUAUCGUUUGCAUUUGGCUCAAAGCGAAGGACACGUUUUACCAAUUUCCAUUUAUGGUAGUCUCACCAAGUUGGAAAUUGCUUUUAUGUACCGCUGUUUUCUUAUUUCGCUGCAAGUGUCAUAAUUAAAUCAAGAUUUACACUGUAGGAAAAAGGCAUGGUAUUAAAGUUGCAACAGUUCUUCCCCAAGCUGAGUCACUCUAAACAAUUGAGCAACCUUUUCAGCUUGGCAGUUUGUUACAUUUUUUGUAUGUGAAUGCAUGUUCUGUAAACUUUACUAGUAAUAACGGCUUGGAAACUAAAAUUUCGAGGACAUUUUUGGACUUUUUACAUUUAGGGCAUGAAUUUUUCGUCAUUUCAGGCCAUGGAACCUAAAAAUGAGCCUAGCUAGCUGUAAAAGGGGGCAAUACGGAGGCAAUACGUCCUAACCGGCAUGAUCACAUGCUGUUUACGGAAAAUUCCCUCAUCCAUGUCAGGAAAUUCUGUAUUUUAAAGCCUCCCCUAGGGCAUGACUCAGCAAUUGAGGACAUUUCUGCUACGUUUUCAAUGUUGGUUAGCAUGCAAGGAUUUUUCCCAUGCCUAUCGUCAAUGAUUUGCUCACUGGUAAUAGAGGGGGUGGCCCCAGAGUGGUUUUGCAUUGAAAUUGGCAUGCAACAGAAUUUCGCAUGCCCUGUAAGCAUAAUUUGAGGUUCUGUGACCUUCUCACCCAGGCCGCGAGAAGCCUAGGUUCUAGUAAUAAGUAAUUCAUACCCAGCAAAAUCCCCGGCAUGCCGGGCAUGCCAAAUUUUCUGACAUGCCCGGCAUGCUAAAUUCUCUGGAAUGCCGGGCGUGCCAUAAUCUGGGUCAUGCCGGGCAUGCCAAAAUCGGUCUCUGGCAUGUUUCAACGCACAGGUUAUAAUUCCUUGAAUCUACAGAUAUUUUAAGCCUGGCUAAAAAAAAAAAAUAAACAGAUCACAGUGCUUAUCUUUUGAUGUACGGUUACACGAUGACGUCAUUGCUAUUCCUUUCAUUUUCAUAGAUUUGGUUGUCCCAGCGAAGUUUAAAUAACAAAAGCUCUAAUUUUCACAAGAAAGUAAAACCCUGAGGGAUUCUGCCGAAGUAAUAAAACAGCGUCAUCGUGGAGAUGACCUGUUGGGGGAUUGUAAAAACUCCUCACCCCUUUUAAUGAGUCUUUAAUAGGAUUCCCAUUUCACAUUGCGAAUAAAAUGGAAUUGACUGAAAUCAGUAAAAAGAGAGACAGAGACUAUUUUCAUUGUAUAAUAAAAUGCAUCUAUGUUCCAUGAAAGCUUUUAAAAAUACAAGGUUAUAGAAUAUCUUUCAAAGUUCAUUACAAACUGAGCUAAGCCCCAAAAUCACUGUUCAUUAUUCAGUAAAUUAUGAUGUUUGACAAUGCAAUGUGCUUGAAUAUAACGUUGCAAUUACAAAUCUCUCGAACGCAAUUUUCCCUACGUUAGAAAAGCUCUUUUUAUCUUGUUUCACAUUUUGAUAAGGAGUCUGAGUUCCUCUUUCUUGUUUUGUAGGCUUGCCAGGGAUUAAUGUUUUUUUGUCAUUACCAGUGUCUGUGUUCUUCGUUUUUAACUCAAAGUAAGUCAGUAAUAACUGACGGUAUCAAAGGAUUGCUCUCUAGAAAAGUAAUUAUCUCCUCGUCAUGUCUGGAAGUUACCUGUAACAAAAAAGAAAUGGAAUCUUAACACAUGCAAGGGCAAUAUGAAAAAAAGAAAUAGAACAUGUAGAGCUCAGCUUCUCUUAACAUAUUUUCAUACUGGCUUGUUGAGUCUGUUAAAGGUCGCAACUAAUUGUCUGAGGCUAAUUUCACAAGAGUGUGCAAUUGAGAUAAAUACAUGGUAAAUAAAGUGAAAGAAACGUGGUUUCACAUUAGCCAAUUUACAUUGCGCUGUUCGAUGAUGUUUACACGCUUUUCUACUGCGAAAUAAACCUUUGCAUUUGGAUUUGCAAGUCAAGAUUAUACCGAGUUUGACUGACACUUAAUUGAACAACAGUUUCAUUUUUAAGCAGGCAAUUGGGGUGUAGACCCAUAUAAAGCCGGAAUAUGUAAAGGAAACUCAGCGAAAACUUUUUCGCAUCUUUUUGUGGCGAUAUUCUUUCACGGCCCGUCAACUGAUUAGGGGUUGCGAAGAAAAAAUAAAUUAGGACCAAAGGUUAAAGCCUGUCCGGUUACAUCAUUUCGUAUGUUACCUAGAGUUCUAAUAAAUAGGUCAUAAAAUAGGAUUUAACGAGAGCGAAUUUGUUUCUCAAUCGGUGUAUAAAAAAGUGAGGCUAUCAAAUGAGAAGUUUAUAGAGUAUCAAAAUUAUUAAAUUAAAAGCUCAUUUAAUUAGGAAAAUUCCUAUACGAAAACAAUGCUAGUGACAUUAAAUUGAUCAGAUAAAAUUCUCAGAAAAUAUGUCCAAUAAAAGCCUCAUUAUUUGCUUUUGUUUUUGCGUAAAGGUAAAUUUUUCGGCCCACAAAGCAAAGUUGAAAAAGCGACUAAAUCUUAGUUUUUUACAUUGAACAUGUUUAUUAGCUUAGUUUUCGUCCGUUUUAAAAGCUUUAUAACCCAAUCAUAAUUUUCGGGUUAAAAUAUUACAAAAUCAUUUCAAAAACCAUGUUCAUUUAAAGUAGAGCCGGCAAACCUGAACAUUUUGUAAUUCAAAAGUCGGACCCAGCCAGGUUGUUUAAGCUUAGAAUUAUUUGCAUUUUAGCGUCCUAUAAAUUUACCAGAAUCGCCUCUCAGAGGCUUACUGUAGCAAAGCAUUUUGUAGUACACUCGUAGACAAGCAAUGUAAGCCUUAAGUCUUUGCUUGGAUGAGAUGUCCAAAAGAAAAAUUAGUUUUGUGGACCUAAACGCACAUUCACAGACUGCUUAUAUUGAGUUGUUUACAACUUUGCAUUGACACGCGCAGCAUGUUCAUUUUUUUAAAGCGAAAUCCAAAUCUGAUUUUGGCAUUUGAUUUACGGAUAUUUUAUUUUGUCUCCAAAAGUGAUUGUAAUAUCCGUUUGAUUGUCUUUCAAACAACAGUCAAACUAUGCAGCAAAAAUAAGUAACUUUACCAGUACAGUGGAAAAAUAUGACCGUAGGUGCCAAAAAUAAUUAUACUCGAGCUAUAAAAUUAGAACUGACUUUUUUUAGCUUUGGUUUCUUAUUUUUGAAGUUUUCUCUAGUCUUCUUAGCAGCAGAAGAAGAUUACAAGACAUACAAACAGAAACAAUCCGAAGUGAACAAGUUGACAACCACUUAUGCCGGAGUUCUUAGGCAUGCUCAACAGCAAGAUAAACUGAAUGCCAAAAGGAUAAUUCACGGGAUUUGUUCGAUAUUCAGGCUUUUUCUUUACCAAAUUAAUACUAAAUUUGUACUUACAGUCUCUCGCAGAAUCCAUUUCUUGUCCAGCAUUCACCAACAUCUCAACCAUGCACCGCAGAAAAAAAAGACAAACAAGUGCGAAGAGACAUGACGACAUCGUGACGCCACAACUGCCACGCUACAACAAACUAGAUUCCUCGUCAUCCGCGAAAACACUUCUGCGGAAAUUCGGCCGAUUUCGUGCGUGCUCGGGGUAUCUUCGGAUGACGCAGAUGACGUUGCUCAAAGGACUAUCGUCAGCAAGGAGUAAAACAGUUUGCGAGAUUCGCAUAGCCGACAAGGAGCGCACUGAAAAACUAAGCAAAAUCUCUCUGAGAAGGCAGUCCAAAUUCACCAAAUCAGAACGUCUUUGCAGUAUUAACGUCGUACUCUCGUACUGACUUGAACGACCUGGUAAGCUUCAUUUUCACCAGUCUUUUAAUGCUGUUGACCGGGAAACAUUCCGACACGAUAAAACUUAAGCAUGGAUAAGUUUAUACUGAGAAGAUUUGUUAUCUUAUUGUUUAAGACGCUUUUCCGCGAUCAAAUUUAAAUGUGGACCCAGAAAUGUCAGUAUCGGUUUGAAAUAAAAGGAUUAAUCUUUGAUUGCAAGUUAAGUAUUCUAUUUUAUGUAUGAAUAAUGUUGUUUUGUUGUGCUUUUUAUUUAUAAAUCCAGGCUUCUGUCUUCAGUUUUGCCAGUCGAUCCCGUGACACACAUUGUGACAAACAUGACUUUUUUUGUUAUAAUCUGCAUUUAUUGCCAGGCAUGAAACCUGUAACUUCAAGCUCCCUAAGAUAUAUUUGGCGAUUAUAUGUGAUUCUCAGGAUAUGAUGCUGAAGCGAACAUCAAAAUCAGUCUCGCUGGGCAUGCCAAUUUCUUGCCUGGCAUGCCGGGCAUGCCAAACCAACUGGCUUCACCAUCGGCAUGCCCGGCAUGCCAAACCAGAGGAGCUAAAACUGGGAAUGAAUUAUUAACCCGGCGAGAGAUCUGGGACCUAAGUUUAGCUGGGUCAAUUUUGGGCUGCGAGGGCAUGAACCCAUUUUUUCCAUGCCUAUGAGAUGUUAUUUCUAAGUACCAAUGUUCCCUUGAAUUUUGUCAUGCCUAAAUAUAUAAAAUUUUCCCUCUCUCAUUAAUCCUCAGACUGGAUGCGAUUUUUACGCUCGGUAGGCAUGUUCAACUGAAAAUUAUGCCCAUACCCUUAUUCAAAACAAAAUGCUAUCAAAUUUUAGUUUCCAAGCCGUUUAAUAGUCAAAGUUUACAGAGUGCGUUCUACCAGUCUAUAUCUCAGGCCCUCUCUUGUUUGUCAAGUUAGGGAUGAUGUCGAUGUCAUUUGCCCCUGCAAAAUCUGCGACGGUGCUAGAUAUGUUUGCUAAGAUCCGGCCAAUCCCAUGAUUAAAACAAAACGAAAGAGAAGCGUAGUUGACGUAGAAGAAAUGAUUCAAUUUAUAUUCUAUAAACAAAAUUAUUAGUCGAGCUUACUUAGCAACGAGACUCUAAAAAUUGAACCGGGGAUCAUGGUCGCAGCCGUUCCUAGCGGAGACCGUGGAAACUGGGGAUAAGAAUCGCGACGUGACCGACAACAUAUUCAGAGCGCCAUACAUGUUUUGGGAAGAAAGCUUAGGAAAGAUUAAUGCGAGAUUAAUGUCGUGUUUGCUGGAACGAGUCGAUCCACGAAUUCAAUCCCUUGAAAGCGUUGAUCAGUUUGGAACAAGUAAAUACUUCGGUGGUCGAAAGAAAAAAGAAUCUUUUUAGCAAAUCUUCGAUUGUGAGCCUAACUGGUCGGGUGUUGUUAACUUUCAUUGCAUGCAAAUGAGUCUUUUGUUCAGCAGGCGGUUAAUUUUCGGCGAUGAUUGAAAUGACAGGCCACGUUCAUCACAUUUUUGCUCUCUGGCAUUGAUGUAAUUUCUCACGAAUCGAGGCGCUUGAUUUUCGUGCGUUUACACACGCGUCAAUCAAUUCAGUAACAAAUCGAAUAAGACAUAAAAAGUAAAUAUCCUGUAGACUACUCGACCGUCGAUAAAAAAAAAGAAAACUUUUAUCGAGGAAUCCUGUUUCUUGUAGAAGUAAUCACCUCUUCAUUUGUUAUCUAAUCUCCAAGCAAGCUUAGAGCAUCUUGUUUUACUUUGUUUUAGGGAUCGAUGGAACAUUCUGGAUUGCAUUACCCUUCUGAACUACUUGGUGACCUUUGUACUCAGAGUAGUCACGUGGACCUUGUCAGAAUCUGUCACCGACAAUCGAGCUCUCGUUGUUUCUGGUUAUCUGUAUGGCCUUAAUACCAUGUUCCUUACACUUCGAGCCUUUGGUCACGUGAUGGAGACAGGCGAGGGGAUUGGCACCAUUCAGAUCGCUUUCUUUCAAAUCAUGGCUGACUUGGUAACGGUAUUCUGGCAGUUUAUUGCCAUCAUUUUGGCGUUUUCUAUCGCUAUUACCAAGGUGUACAUGGCAGAGAGAUCAUUCAUCUCUGACAACAAUGGCACAAAAUCGUAAGUUGAUUACACAUUUAGCGUGGUAGUCAGUUAAUGCCUUUGGCUCAAGAAUAAAGUUGCGUUUCUUUUGGGAAAAAGUUUCGAUCUGAAUUUUUUUCUGUUUUGUGAUGCGUUAUUGUUGGUAGAUGAUUAUGCUAUUAUAUACGACGAAGGCUGCUUUGUCUGUUUGAAGAAAUGUUUUAUUGAAAAAUUCAUUUAAAUGAAGGUCACAAAUCUGGAAUCAUUAAUUUUAUACAAAAAAACAAUACUUAUGAUUAACGAAAGGCAACGUCUAAUCAACGAACUGCUUGUUUUUUUUAUGCUAUCUUGUUUUUGUUACUGGCAAGACGCCUUUUUCAACAACUGCCCGAAGAGUAAAUUUAUUUAAGAUCUGUUUGAUAACCAUCUUUUUUCAUGCUGCUCAUUUCAAUACGAUUAGUGACAUUAACAACAGGAAAAAUGUUUGAGAUAAAAAAUUGCUAACUAGUUUUGCCCUUUUCCACAUGUGUAGUGCCUGCAAAUCAUCCAGUGGAUUGGUUUGGUAAGUUAAUUUCUUUUGUGUAUUGGCGAAUCUUUGUUUACAUUUUUUUUCCUCAUUAACAUAUGCAUAUCAUUUUCUUAUCAAGCUAUUAAAGGGUUCACUGACGAAAAAUGUCUGAUUGGUCGAUACCAGUCCACGUGACUAAACAUUAAAUAUAACCUCAGGUUUAAAAUGAAAAGUUCGAUCGAUCAAAAUCGUGUCGAAUUUUAAGAAGCAUCAAAAGUGGGACAUACUCUUUACAAAAUUGCCGCUUCCGUGCCACUAGGUACAAGUUAAUUUAUACGCCGAAACAAAAUCAAAGAAUAUUGCUAUCCCUGCUUUAUAAUUUUCCGUUGCACCGAGAGGCACGAAACUUAAACCAAGCGCAGACCUUUCCUAUGAACGGUGUAUGCGAACUCAGAUUUAGCAGUGAGAAUAUUUGUUUUGAUUCAACGAAAAUGCACCCGAAACGGUAACAAAGCUACCACUUUCCUGCAACUAGGUGCAAGAUAAAUAAAAUUUAUCCCUCUGCUUUUUAAUUUUCUGUUGUGUAGUGCUAUUUUGCGUUAAAUUUGAACUACCCAUAAAGAUUCAAAGGUGAUUAAACGUUUACAGUGUGUGCAGAGCGAAUGACAGUCAAGUUGUAGAACACAAUCGUGUCGAAAAGGGUCUAUGAGUUUUACAAAACUGCCGCUUCCGUUCAACUCGGUACAUGCUUAUUCAUAUACCAAAACAAAGCCCCAAUAUUUUUCUUUCACUGCCAUAUAAUUUAUUGGUGUACCGAGUUGCACGAGACUUGCACUAAAAAUAAAAGGGGAAAAUUACCCACCUUUUUUAGCAUAUCCUCUCUUCGCAUCCAGCGAUCGCAACGCUGAUCUUUUUUAUCGCUCACAGUGGCAACAAAACCAGAACACUACAACUGACAAAAAAAAGCUGCCAUUUCUUCUUUCAUCUUGACAACGUUUCGUGGGGAUUUGGCCUCUAAGCCAAAGACUUUGCAGAAAUCGACCACGCGAUUUUUUGCGGCGCAUGCAAAGACAUUUUUCGCCAGUGAAAUUAAAGGGGCUACGUCGGCUGGAGAGCAAAUUAUGUUACUUUCAACUGUCAAAAUUCACUUGUUGUUGCAUAUUCUUUAACGGAGGCUUCCGAGCUGGUUGGUGACGAUCCAUAGAAUUGUAAAGCAAGCUGCCAAUGUGCGCUUUGAUUAUUACACCUUUUUCAGCUUUCUUCCCUUUGCAGGUGAUCUUGUGAUAAGAAAGGUACAAUGAUAGCUCGUUCACCCUCAAGGACGACAGCUUGUCGGAGUUGUACAGUCCAAACCAGUCAAUGUCAUUGAACUCCCGGUUCAGCUGUUCCAUCCGCGCCCUUUCAUUCUCCCAUCUUCUUCUCUUUGCGCAUUUUUAUCUGGGCAAGUUGCUCAACAUGCUCUGCCACAAGCUUUUCGGGGACAAUGUACUUAUCUGAAAACUCUCUAAUGGCCUCAUUGUCCCCACUGACUAAUAUACUUUCUUCAAACAAUCGCUUAAUAUGAGCUCGAGGCUGGAAGUCGCGUGGCUCACGGUCAUCUGUGAGGGUUUCACUCCAAGAGAGAUAAUGAAAAUUUAGUAGCUUGCUAUAGUCGGGAUAUGGUCGUCGAGGUGGAAGUGGAGCACCAUUAGUCUCAUCCUUCUCGCAAAAUUUACAUUGGCCAUUUCGCUCUUAACACGACGUUCGCCUGUACUCUAUAUACAGCUCUCCUUUCUCACAAUGUCAAAUUGUUCCAGCUUUGACACUAAUACUCCAGGAACUGGGAGGCCACGAAUCUUUUCGCCAAAAAAUUUAAAAAAUACCCCGGCCUACGUACCCCCCCCCUCCGCCCCUCAUCUCAUCUGAGUUUUCUAAAUGAAACAUUGUCAUUCCUAAGCAAACUCUCAAGUGUGUUGCAGAGUAUCCCCCCCCCCCCCCCGCCCCUCAUCUCAUCUGAGUUUUCUAAAUGAAACAUUGUCAUUCCUAAGCAAACUCUCAAGUGUGUUGCAGAGUAUCGACCGAAUUAUUCGGAGGCUCAUCUUGUUCCGUCUAGUUUGUUUUUUUGAUGAGUUCUCUGUCUAUCUUGAAAACAUUAUAAUGUGCCUUGACAUUCUGCUUAUUACUGGUGAUUUUAAUUUCCCUCUUGAAAAAGUUUUCAGACCUGCUAGAAACCUUUGGACUUUCUCACCAUGUUAUGGUACCAACCCACACAUGUGGCCAUACUUUAGAUCUAAUUAUUUCCAGAUCAUCUCAUGAUAUAAUUUUUGCCUCUCCUCGAACUACUGUGCUUUUCUUGGAUCAUUUAUUUGUCGAGUGCGAGCUCAAAAUUUCCAAUCCUAAUUUGUCUGUUACUGAGGUUCGUUUUCGCAAGUUGAAACAAAUUGAUGUCAAUGCUUUUAAGGAGGACAUUAUGUCAUCUGGGCUCUGCGGUAGAGCCUUGUCUUGUGUCGAUAACCUAGCAAGGAGUUACGAGGUUUUUUUAAUUUAAUCUUCUUGAUGUGCAUACUCCAUUGAAGUCAAGAGUGAUGAAUGUAAGACCAAAAGUACUAUGGUUCAAUGAUUGCUUGAAAAAACUCAAGGCCACACGCAGGAAAUUGGAAAGAAAAAUGUUAAAAACCCACCUUGAAUUUUUAUAAGGAUGCCUUCAAAACUGUGCGUAACAAGUUCUCUGCUCUUCUUAAUGCUUCAAGGUUCACGUAUUAUUCUGAGGUCAUUGGAGCUGUACGGGAAACUCUAAAAGACUUUUCAGUGUUGUAAAUUCUCUGUGCAAGGAACGUCAGGACAAUGCACUUCCUCCUCAUGAGCAUCUUCUUCAAUUGGCUAAUGAGUUUGGGGAAUUUUUCUGCAAGAAGAUUGAAAUGAUCAAAGCUGACAUUGACAACAUUGAUGUGAAGUAUAUGAAAUAAUUCAUUUUUGAACUGCGGUUGUAGAUAAGAGUGAAGAACGAUCAUCGCAUUAAAUUUGCCAAUUUAAGCAAUUGGAAAAAAGAAGCCUGAAAAAAAAUUGAUAAAAAAUAAUAAAAAUGAAUUCAGGGCUUCAACGGGAUUCGAAGCCGUGACCUCCGCGUUACCGGUGCGCUGCUCUACCAACUGAGCUAUGAAGCCACACAUUGGGGAGCGAGGUCAAUUUAUUGAGUUCAUAUCUCCCGUGAGGAGUGAAAUGAUGUGAAGUAUAUGAAAUAUUUCAUUUUUGAACUGCGGUUGUAGAUGAGAGUGUAGAAUGAUCAUCGCAGUAAAUUUUCCAAUUUAAGCAAUUGGAAAGAAGAAGCCUAAAAAAAAAAAUAAUAAUAAAGAAUAAUAAUAAUAAAAAUCAGGCCUUCAACGGGAUUAGAACCCGUGACCUCCGCGUUACCGGUGCGUUGCUCUACCAACUGAGCUAUGAAGCCACACUGGGAGCGAGGUCAAUUUACUGAGUUCAUAUCUCCCGUUAGGAGUGAAAUGAUGUGAAGUAUAUGAAAUAAUUCAUUUUUGAACUGCGGUUGUAGAUGAGAGUGAAGAAUUGACAACAUUGUAGUUGAUAGUCAUCAUGUUGAAUUCCCCUUACCUGAGACUAGGCUGGACAGUUUCUCUCCACUCUGAGAAGUUGGUGUACGUAAAAUUAUAUUUUUGGUUCGUGGAAUGCUACAUGCAGUCUUGAUCCUAUUCCUACUUGGCUUGUGAAACAGUCUGUUGAUGUGCUUACUCCAGUUAUUACAUUGAUGGUAAAAUGAUCUUUUCGGGAAAGACGGAUCCCUGACUGCUUAAAAAGCGCUAUUGUCAUUCCUGUGCUUAAAAAGGCUGGCCUUGAUUUGAAUUUUAACAACUUUAGACCUGUUAGUAAUCUUCCCUUGGUGCCCAAGUCGUUGGACAGGCAAUGAUUGGUCAACUGCUUGCUCAUUGUGAAAUUAAUGCGCCACUACCUGUGAAUCAGUCGUUCUAUCGCACUUUCCAUUCACCUAAGACCUCUCUGGUUUAGGUCCAAACUGACCUUCUUAUGCCUAUGGACCGACAGGAAGUUUCUAUUCUCGUCUUAUUAUAUCUGAGCACAGCGUUUUACACCAUAGACCAUAGAACUUUGCUAAAUAUUCUUGAGAAUGACUAUGGUAUAGUUGGUGAUGCCCAAAAGUGGUUUGAGUCGUACUUAUCGGCCAGGAAACAACAAAUAGUCAUUAAUCAGCAGCUGUAUAAGCCCUUUGAUCUGGAUUGUGGCGUUCCUCAGGGCAGUUUUUGAGGUCAUGUUCUUUUUCUCCUGUAUGCUUCUGGACUGUUUAAAGUUACGGCAAAGCAUCUCCCUGAAGCAUAUGCGUAUGCGGAGGACUCGCAAUUAUAUUCUCCUUUUAAACCAGACUCGUCUAACUCUCAGAGGGAAGCUAUCAAAGCGAUUGAGGAAUGUAUUGCAGAGGUUCUCAUUUGGAUGGGCUCUCAUCGGCUAUUAAUGAUACGAAGACUGAAUUAGUUAUCAUCGGCUCUUACCAACAGUUAUUCAAGGUUUCCAUGCAUUGAGUCGAUUGCUGUCGGUCUGUUAAUAAACCUGUGGAGUGUGUCCGUAAUCUGGGUGCAUGGUUUGACAAUCAUAUGUUUAUGGGUACUCAUGUUGUCAAAGUUUGAAGUAAAGCUUUUCGUGGCCAAUAUUCCAUCAGGCAAAUAAGAAAGUUUCUUUGUGAAGAAUCAGCUAAGACUUCGUCACGUCGCAUCUUGACUAUUGCAAUUCUCUUCUAUAUGGCAUACCUAAUUUUCAGUGCAACAAGUUACAGAACAUCGUUAAUGCUGCUGCUCGGGUGAUUUGUGUUAUUCCGAAGCUUGACCAUAUCACUCCUUUUCUGAUUAAACUGCACUGGUUACCUGUCUAUUUUCGAAUUCAAUUCAAGAUUCUUUCACUUGUUUUCAAGGCGUUAGAAGGCAAGGCUCCUGUGUACAUUAGAGAUCUUCUGAAACCUAAAGUUGCGGGAGGUUAUUCUUUACGAUCAGAUAACCAGAGACUGCUGCAAGUCUCGAAAACAAAGUGUAAAUCCUUUGGAGAUCGAGCUUUCGUCCAUUCAGGUCCAUCGUUAUGGAAUGCCCUACCUUUGGAUCUAAGAGUUAUUUUAAAAAUUGACUGUUUUAGAAGACAUCUUAAACCUACUUGUUCAAGACAGCUUUUAGAACUGAAUGGUUCUUUUUUAAAAAUUUCUCUUUCAAUGUUGCAUUUAAGGGCCAGUCUCUGUAAGAUCCUCAUAUCGAGUUUUGCCACAAAAUAGAUUUCGCUCUUUAUUUUUCUGUAAACUCCUUUUAAUAAGUAUGUAACAAAUAUGAAACUAGAUUGCAGAAAUUCGCUUCUGUAAUUUUUUUUUUAACGAAUUUUCUUUCGGCACCACAUGACGACCUGAGAUGCUUGUGAAAUAUGCGAAUUUUGUCAAAAUUCAAUCGAGUGCGACCCAAAGCUUCCAAUUUACAAUUUACUAGUUAUUAUAAUUGAGCCUUUAUCUUUGAAAUAAUACGGGUCAGAAUCAUUGACAUUUUUUCAUUUAGAAAAUCUGUGGAAACACACUUAACCCCUUAGACCCAUUUAGCGGAACAUGCGAUUUUAGCCAAAUUCAGUGGAUUAAAUCUCAAAAGUGGCUCACAGUUACUGGCUCUCCUGCAUAUCAUUGUAUAGUUCAAUCCUUCCGCUACUGAAUCGUGUUAAAAGUUUGGGCGGCCAUUCAGUUUCGGUCGAGGGGUGAGUGGCGAAACUUGCCUUUCUUGGCCAUUUUGCCGGCGUUUCUCCAAAAGCGAAGUCCAGAAGGAUUGUCAGAAUAGAAAGCGAGAAAUCGGGUAAAUACCACUCGAAAAUUGUCCAUUCCUAAAGACUGCAUACUUUCAAUCACUGUUUUCCAUGUGUCUAUGGUUUAAACCCAACGAAGAAGGGGUAGAGGACGGUGGAACGUGAACUUACUGUGCGCCAUGUUUUUGUAGGAUUUGUGGAGCGUAGGAAUUUGGAAUCCAGAAUGCUGAAUUCGCAGCCCUUUCAAAUGUCACCUGUUGGAGGAUAUUGUAUACUUUUAUACUUUUCUUUAUUAGCGGAAGCUCAAUCCGCAUUACAAUAAUUAUUUCAUCUUUAUCUUUACAGGAUAUUAAACAGAAUGUCUUAGAAACCUUGGCUGAUGAAGGCAUUUAAAGGAACACGAAUCGAGCUUUUGCCGCUAUUCAAACAAAUAAGUUGUCAAAACAGCAAACAACUAGGUAUAGCUCCAUUCUUCAGCUUCUGAAUCGUUCUCAGACAUUUAGCGCUCAUCCAGUUUCGACAGUUUCGUCUGAAACCGAGUGUGGAAAGUCGCGAUACUUAGCGCGUCACAGCUGACGCUCCACACCGCUUAGAUUGCAAACUUAGAAAUGACUAUGGUAUAUCGAUGCUGUUUUCCACAAGCACUGAAUCCCCCUCCUCUCCGCUCUAUCUCCAUAAAGUUUUCAAUAACAAAUUUAGACGGUUCUCAAUUACUGAGGAACUUUCAGUUAUUCUUCAAACCGGUCUAUAGCUCACUGACCACCUAAAUCGCAGUUUACGCUACUGGCCAAACAACCAAAAUGGCACACGCAUCUGCGAAGUGUCCUUUGCCGGGAUAGCAAAUAUUACUUGUGGUUCCUCACGCGGUAAAGACAAUUUUUCCACUAAAUAAGUGUGUUGUCCAAGUAAGGAACCAUCUAAGAAGCUGUAACCUUUCACGCACAAAGGUCACCGAAUGUGACCUAAUUUUGGCAAGGGCGGGAAAGUUUAAUCGUUCGCAUGAAUAAGUAGAAAAAAUGGUUUUUUGCCUUGCCUAUAGGCACAGUCUCGGUAUAAUUAUACUGGUGGCCAAGUAAAACUGUCGGUAUCCUGGCCAUGAAGGAAAAACGAUUGCCCUUCACUGUAAAAAAACAAUUAACUGGCAAAUGGCGCAUUCAAGAAAUCCCUGCGAUUUUUGUUACCCUUGUUCAUGUGGGGUCACGUAAGUAUUUUCAGUUGUUCUGUUUUUUUAACUCCUGUCCUUUUUUUAUUAUUAACGAAGUAGUUGGGCAUAAAUAAAUGGGGAAAAAGGAUAAAUUAAGUAUAAGGAAAAUUCAAAUUUUACUUCGUUUUGCACGUCAAGUAGCCAGGAGUCACGUGUCACGCAAUAUUUACUACGAAAAGACUAUUCCACAGGCUUUAAAGCAAUUUACCUAACAUUCCUAAAACAAAUAUAUGCAAAUAAAAGAAACCAAGAAACGAAACGUGCACAGGGUAAAAAACAGACCGUUUCUAAGAACAUAGAAUUAUUUCAUUAUAAAUGGAACUGGUUGAUGUAAAAGCUUAUGUACAUUUUUUCAUGUCUAGGGUUUAUUUGUGUUGUAGUAAUUCAAUCAACAUUCUGUGAAUGUCUUAAAAGCAAAUCAAGAGCCUGAAUAUCUGCCAGGCUUGAUGUCCUCACAUCUAAAUAACAUAACAUUUUAUGACAUCUAAAAUGUAUUUCAUUUCAAUGCAAUUGCAUUGUGAAAAUUCCGUUUUAUUUGCUUUGUGUGAAAAAUAUACAACUGCACUUAUUUAUUAACCAGAUCAUAAACUUCUCAGUUAAAGAAACCCUCUUUAUUUGAACCAUGUAUUAGAUUCUAUUUUUCGUAGCAGUAAAAACGUGUUGUAUUUAUUUAGGCUCUCGUCCUUACAAAAAAGAUUAUUAAGUAUCAAGAAUAAGUCAUAAAGGGUGUCAAGGGCAUUUACCAAGCCCUCUCGCAAAGUUUUCCUGUGUUCCAACAUUGAAGAUUUUCAGAGUCGUAUCAUCGAAUGAACUUCAUGCGAGAAUAGCCAGGCCACUAAAUACUGUUAAGAUUUUUGCAUGACAUGAAGGGAAAAAAACUGUCUGCCUUAAAACACCUACUUGCCUUUUGAAGACACGAGGAAAAGAGGGCGUUCCCUAUCACAUACUAAAGCUUGUUCAGUCACCCCCGUUAACUUUCUGAGCCUGAAUAAAGCUCAACAGUGAUUUGUUCUAAGUUCCGGAAAAUUCAUUCUCAGGCUAUUCAAAGACAUUCACAAGUCGAUUUCUUGGUCUGCAAAGAAGAAACAACUUACAGGUUAUAUGGUUAAUAGGCCUAGAAGGUUCCUUUCUCACUGAGCCCUAAAAUCACACUUAGAAAGGAAAAGACGAGGAAAAAUAGCGAGAGCGAGGAAAAUAAUAAAAGCUUAAAAUGACGUAUUGACACUUCACAUCUGCACUGUUCAGCUGUUCCUGAAUCAUAGUUUAUCACUUUCAGAUAUCUCCUCUUAAGAAGUAAAAUAUUUAAAUUGAGACAUAUCUUUCGACAGCAGCGACAGUUUGGAUAGGGAAUCCCCCUAGUGCCUAGAGCAGUCUAAGAAGACUUCUGAGACUUCCUGCUUAAUAUUCUAUAAUUAAAAAAAAGAGGUACAAAAAAAUAUUGUAAAUGCGAAAUGAUUUUCCACAAAUGACAAAAGGAAAAGGGUUUCGAAUUCGCAUUCCGGAUUCCGGAUUUCGGAUUCCAGAUUCUCUCCCUUCCACAAACUCCCACAAACUCCCUUCCACAAGCUUUGGGUCGCACUCUUAUCCGGAGCAAUCUGUUGAAUUUUGACAAGAUUUGCAUAUUUCACAAGCAUCUUAGGUCGUCAUGUGGUGCCGAAAGAAAAUUCGUUCAAAAAAUUUACAGAAGAGAAUUUCUCCAAUCUAGUUUCAUAUUUGUUAUAUACUUAUUAAAAGAAGUUUACAGAAAAAUUAUGAGCGAAAUCCAUUUUGUGGGCUAAAACUCGAUAUGAGGAUCUUACAGAGACUAGCACUUAAUUAUUGUAAAUUAGGUAGCGCUUUAGGAUAUUUAAUAGUUUAAGCGUUUUAUAAGUCUAUUUACUAUUAUUUAAAAGAUUCUAGACCAAAGAUAAAGACCAAGACUGUUUCAAAUCAUUAACAAUUAGACUUGUCUGUCGCUAUUGAUUUUAUAAUUUAGAUGCUGACAGAACAAAAGGAACGCUGUUUUUGAUGUCUUUGCUUUGAUCUUAGGGAAAUUAAACACACCUUACUCGCGCAAAAUUGUUGGGCAAGACUAAUCUGUGAAACAGAAGACCGUGGAACCGCAGAACCUGUGGAACCGGCGGAACCUACGGAACCUAAAGAAAUGACUUUUUUAUUACAAUUGCCUUUAAAUAACGUGAUGAAAUAAUUAGUUACAAUCAAUUAUAACAUUGACAGACUGUUCACAGUCCCCUUUUUUUCCGUAAUUUCGUCGAGAUCGAGCGCUCACCUUCACAGGCAGCCAUUUCGUAAUUAGAUACAAAUGCAUCGAGAGCGCGGGCUUCGGGGUUGCCAAACCGUCCCCCGUUGUUCAAGCUAGACCCGGUCAAGAUGGCCGUCUGUAGCGCUCCUUCUCGACGAUCUUGCUGUAAAAUAGAGGACUUUGAAUAGUCUAUAAUACCAUAACACUAAUGGUUCCAAAUGGGAAGUCCACUUAGCGGAUUUCUGGCUUGUUAUUACGUAGAAAGGUAACAAAAGGUAUAUAUUUAAACACUUGAACACUUUAGCAACAAUCCUUUUGUUUAAGCAAGCAUUUGAAAUUGCGCGCAAUGUUUAGUGUAUUCGAUAUGACAGAUCUCUGCAUUCUUUGUAAGAGAGUGGCACUCUCUCUCUCCAACAAGUUCCUUAACUGCGUGACUCACAUCAGCUGAAUAUCCUCCCAGAACAUCAAUAAUGAUGUUAUACUGUUUCACUUGGUAGCCAGGAUUUCUCUCUCUGAUUUCCAACAUAAGUGGACCAUAUUUCUGUGUCUUCUCUAUCUCUUUCACUUCGCGGUUAUCCAACCAAGGGCAUCUCAUUUCAAUGACUUACACUCGUUUCUGCUCUUUGUCAACUGUUCUUUCGUCGAUUUCUGUUGGCCCUCACCUCAAUGCUGUCUGCAUAAACCGGUACAUCCCAUAAUGCUUGCGCACUCCCAUUCUCAUAAAACGGAGGAGGCACUUCUGAAACACGUUCCAGGUCCUUCAGCAUCUCAAAGAACAAGAUUUUAAGAGCUGCGUUGUGCCUCGCGAGACUGACUUAGUCUGAGCGAGUGUCCCACACCUCGCCAGCACGUGCGACAAACUUUCGGGCGAUUUGCCACAUAUUCGUUCCACUCCCUUUUCCAGUUUUCCUCUGGUGGUAUAAUUUGGUUGGUAACAUCUGUUGAUACAGUUCCUGCAUGGCUGCUACGGUAUGGUUUGGUACCGAUCUCAAGUUAUCCAUCCAUGCAAAACAUCCUCCACCGUCUAGGGCUGAGUCUUCCAAUCUAUUUUUAGUUAGUUUCCCUUGCCGUUUUUCUUCUCCCAGUGUGUCGCAAUAAGCUUUCUGUUGUACAUUGGCAAGAGUGGUCUUCCUAUUAUUAUCAGUUUUAAUAUAUUUAGCCAGGGCUAAAAGCGAGGCUCCCAUUAAUAUAUUUAUAAUUUAAAUCAAACAAUAAACUUGUAUUCCACAAUUCAGUGAACUUUAGAGCACAUACCACAUUCAUGUGACUUUUGAGGGAAAGGCUAAGUGAUUUUAGAGAAAAAUAAUUUGCAAACAGCCCAAGAGUGAACAAAAUCUUACAUCAAGUUGAUAGCUUCAUAUGUACACCUAAAAAAUAGCAAUCAUCUUCGAUCACAUUUAGGAGCCAUAAUGGCUCUUGAUCACCGUAAGAUUAAUUAGGCCUGGAAAAAAAAUCACGCCGAAUUUUUUUGCGUUCGACAAGUUUACUUUACAAAAUCUUGCCAACGAAUCCGGGUGCGUGUAAACCAACCUUUUAUACCAUUUAUACAUCACAUCUGAGGUGAAACAGUACUAUGAGGUACUGUUUUUAUCAUACAGACCUCGGACAGAAUGCAGUAUUUCACAAAUUGCACUCAUUCAAUAUUCAGGACGAUCGAAGCACGCGUGGGCUUUUUAAACCAUUAAAAAAAUUUCCAAAAUCAUAUACGGCCAGCCGGUUCUCACUUUUGCAGUGCGAACUGUAGCGAGUGUUUGAGCGAACAUACUAGAGUUACUAGAGUCUUCUUCUUCUUCUUCUUCUUCUUCUUCUUCUUCUUCUCCUUCUUCGUCUUCUUCUUCUUCUUCUUCUUCUUCUUCUUCUUCUUCUUCUUCUUCUUCUUCUUCUUCUUCUUUUUAAUUAUUAUUAUUAUUGUUAUUAUUAUUAUUAUUAUUAUUAUUAUUAGUAGUAGUAGUAGUAGUAGUAGUAGUAGUAGUAGUAGUAGUAGUAGUAGUAGUAGUAGUAGUAGUAGUAGUAGUAGUAGUAGUAGUAGUAGUAGUAGUAGUAGUAUUCUUAUUCUUAUGAAAAAUCGGACCUAUGUUCGUAAAACGCUGGAAACCGGUGUGGAUCCUCGCCUGUGUAUGGUGGAUGUAGAGCGGUCACGGGAAGUGACGGAAGGCGCCAAUAAUACUCAACAUCGUUCUCUCAUCCUACUGUGUUUAAAUAUAUACCUCUUGUUUCCUUCCCACGACUACUAACAAGCCGGAAGUCCGCUAUUCGAGGAAUUUCUGUUUCGAAACCAGCAGAGCUCUCGAUCAGUGUUACUAAACAAAAUCGACAAAGUUUUCAAUGAUCAGUACUGUUAUAGACAAAAGCUCUCAACCACUCACCGGGCGAGAAAUCGCUAAGUCAUAGUGAAAAAUUAAUUGUAACUAAUUAUCUAUUACGUUUGUCAAAGGGAGUUGUAAAAGACGGUCAUUUCUUCAGGUUCCGUAUAGGUUCCGCCGGUUCCGUAGUUUCCGCGGUUGAGCGGUCUGCAGUUCGACAUAUUAGUCUUACCAAAAAUUGUUCUAUCGUGCCGAGUACUGUGCCGUCGAGAAAAACAGAACCAAGUAUCAUAGGUAUACUACUCCACUGUAAGCAGUCCGUGAAUAAAAAGGGAAAGUAACCUUUGCAACUAUUUUCCAAAAAUAUGCUCGAACACAAACAGUUAAAAAACAUGGCAUUCACAGGAUCUAUAUAAGCUCGCACUGGUGCCUCUCUAAGUCCGAGUAUCUAUUUUGAGCAUUUAUUUUGAGCAUUUUUCACCACAAAGGAAGAAAAAAAAAAUGUUAAAAUUAAUUAUAGAUCAUACUAAGUACAGUAAUAUAUGGAAUUAGCACUGCUGUAACGUAUUUUAAUAUUUGUAAGUAUAUUGCCAUGUAAGUGUGUAAAUUCGCUAUUUAUAUUUUUUUUUGUUUCGUUUUGUUUUAUUACUUUAUUUAUUCGGCGUAAUUUUUGUUUCUUUUCUGUGUGUGUUUUACUUGCAAUAAAAAAUAAAUAAAUAAAAUAAAAUUUUAAAAAAAGUCCGUUGAGAACAAGGUGGACGAGUAAACGGUAGCGUUUAUCAUUGCCGUGAAUUUCCUUCACCAGAAGAUUAUUUUCCUCACGAAACUCAUGGCCAUGCUGUUGUAAUCGUUUAAUAAAAAUGGCCGCCACCAACUCGAUAGCCGCUUCAUUAUAUGUCCACAUACCUUGAGCACACAAAAAAAUCCAAGAGCCAACAGCCUCUAAAUUAAUUCAGCAGAAAGGUUCUGUGAACCGUGACUAUAACGAAGAUCCCAUCUAAGAUCCAUCACUCAUUAUGGAGUAGCCGUCGUUAAUCAGUACAACGGCCGCUGAUAAGAGGACACUAAAUCCAAGUAAAAAAAUUACAAGGGCAAACAAUUUCAAAAAUAACGUACAAAAUUCUUCUGUGAUCACCAUAGAACGAUUCUUAAAACAAAACUUUGCUAACUAUCGAACGAAGGCUGAUAUUUAAACAAAUAAGGACAGCCUUCCAAAAUCUCCGAUAGAACUUGAAAAAAUCAAGUUUGUUUUCAUUGGCUCGUACAUGCGCCAGGGGUUUAUCUCUUUUUAGUGUAAGCAUAGCAAUCUAGUUGUCUCUGAAAAUUUGAGCCCGAUAUACCGAAUCGUUCCGGAGAAAUUCGUUUUUAAAAAAACUCGAAAUCCUUGGAAUACAUGGCUCAUUAACUUUUGUUACUAUCCAGCAAUUUCAGGUUUUUGAGGGCUCUUAUUUCCUUCAAUGGUGCUUGCGAGGAGCUGAAAAUUGCAAAAAUUGCUGAAGUUUAUCAGCUCUUGCAACGUUUAAAUUUAGUUCUGAUAUACGUCCACGGCAUCCAUGACCACUAUAUAUUUAGCAGUAUAGUCCAACCUGAAUUAAGCCGACCUGCUUUCUUAUUUCCCGGAAAAUAUUCUCCUUAAUUACUGUAAAACGGAACUAGACUUUGUAAGUACAAAUAUAUGUAGCGCUAAGAAAAAAAAAAUUAGUUGUAAUAAGCCUAACUUAAUCAUACCUACCCGCCUCGACUAGUUUUUAAACUAUUUGCGGGUAGAUACUAUUCAAAUUGUAACUGUCUGUUUCUUUAAAGAGUGUGUUGUUGUUGUUGUUUAUUAAGUGGUCAUCAUCACUUUUUCCUUUAGACCUGAAGAGUUGUUAGAAUAUUGUCCUCACCUCUAUUAAACGGUCCCUUCAUCAAGAUGUAGCAUACAAGUACAAUAGAUAUACGGUACAUGGCAUUCAGUGGUCGUUUAUCGCUCACCUUUUGUAUGGCACAAGAAGAGGAAGAAACACUUCGAGGUCACAUUGUCGGGUUAUGGAUAUCUCGCUUUGUCACCAUCUUCAUUUUCUUGAUAAACUGUUAGGUCGGUCAAACCUGUAUUAAUCGGUCACCUUGUAAUAAGCAGUCAGUUGGACAUUCCUCAAGGAUGACCGGCUUAAUGCAUGUCUGAUUAUAUCAUGUUUUUAUUACAGUUGCUGCGAUAAACGGAUACUGCUUAGCCUUAUUCUACCAUCGAUUGACUUAUUAAGCAAAACGCUAAGUAGUGUAUUAAUUGGUUCUUUUUGUUUCUAUCGAUUAAGUUGGUGGAGUAUGAUGAAGCAUCUUACUUGGUCUCUGUUGGGAAUAGUGGAGCUGGAUCCUCUGGACUCAGUGGACAUCGCAUCAGUAACUCUCGUCCACUUCCUUUUUGGAGCUUUUCUUAUUGUGGGAGUCAUUGUUCUAGUUAAUAUGAUGAUAGCCCUACUGUCUAACACAUAUCAGCGAGUUGAGGUAACAUCAAGGCAUACAUGUAGUUUUAUACUAUUUCCUUACGUUGACUCUGUUGCAACAUGUGUACGUGAACAUAAACCUGCUACUUUAAUUUAUACAAACUUUCGUUUGACAAUAACAACGAUAAAGCUUAUUGGCUAGUCGAGUCUGGUAUUUAGGAGAGACAAAUAUAACUACAAGAAGAAAAUAGAUAAGCAAAGAAAAAUACAAAUCUUGACCACUCGACUGGUUUGCAUUUAAAACAUUGUAAUUAGUUAUUGAAUAAAAGCUUGGCCUAUAGUUUGACGACAAGACAGCCCUGCUCGUUAUUUACUUGGGGAUUGUACCAUGCUUAAGAUUCGAAAAACUUUGUGUUACACUCAAUCUCGCUUUACGGACAUCCUCUUAAUACGGACACCUCAUUAUUACGGGCAGUUUGCUUUGUCGCUGGGGAAAGAAAGCCCUUACAUCCUCCCUAAAUUCCCGCUUAAUACGGACACCUCGUCGAGCGAGUUGCUGUUCCAAACUAAGGCACCAGGGACUGAGGAUGUUUUUUUCAUGCUUUUAGUUCCUGCAUAUAGAAGAACUGAUAGAGAUCCGUACGUUGCUGAUGAGUAAAAUCUAUUGUUCCUGGUUAUUAGCAGUUGGCUCGGGACAUGUGAAAUUCGAAGUUUGACCCGGGCCUUUAUUAGGUUCUAGUACAGUGAGGUGAUCUUCAGGUUAUUUGUCGUUAAACGGCUGGUUUCUUUUGAGGGAUGGCCUCAUAUUGUUUUCUUAGAGGCGGAUUUACGUAAUUUACCUUUACUAAAUUUCAAAACAAAUAAGCAAACUGCAGAAUGAAUAUGAUAUCAUGUCAACAGCAUCUAAUUACUUCCUACAUCCAAGAAUAUAAUGAAAUAUUUGGCAAUGUUUAAACGUGUGCUAUUGUCGUUUUCAUUGUCGUACUUAUAAGCCAUGGGAAUUGCUUAAGUUGGAAGCUUGAAGUAAACAGUUAAGAAAUGCUAUUGAUUUUUUUGAGGAUAACUCCCUGAAAGAAUGGUCAUUCAAGAAAGCCAUAACGAUCCAGACCUACAGCACUUACCAUCCAAUUCCGGUACCUCUUAACCUGUUAUCACAUUUCUAUCUGUGGAUAAAAUGGCUGUGCCACAAGUGCGGGUGCCGCAAAAGAAAUCCGAGAAAUAAUACUAGGGAUGACAUUUACACAGACAUAUAUCACGUAAGUAACUUUGUCAUCAUUUCAGCAAGUAACUUGGUAGAUUAACGGAAUAACAAUAUUUUUUCCAUUUGCCUGGUGUUGCGUUGAGUGUGUAAUAAUUGUCUGGUCACUUCACAAGCGUGGAUCAGAAAAAACAAUUAUGCCGGACUCAACGACACACUUAAGGGCCCAGUUAUUUGGAGACCAACUAGCGCUAAUCUAGGGUUAGACCUUAAUUUGGGUUUCUUCUUCUUUAGUUCCAAAGCCUUUUCUCGGAUAAUUGUGUUUAGUAUAUACUUAAACAGUGGAUAGUGUUUUUCGUGCGCUCUGAUUAGCUACUCAAUCAGUGAAUAUCCUGCACUAUUCACUGAUUCACCUCCAGUUCCUCCGAGCGAGCGACGCCAAUUUCGCGUAAGUUGCGAGGUUUGCUGCCGUAAUAAACAAAGAAAUUUCACAACUAAUCAAGCAAGCUGUUCCUGAAAUACACGAAGAAGGUGACGAAGUUCGGUUUGGAAGUUUUAACAGGUAAAGCUGUGUCUUUUU